UCCCCGUGCAGCCGGCCUGGAAAGUGUGGCAGAAACGUCCCGGCUGCUCGAUUACUUUAAUCUUUAUUUUUAUCUGUGACAAGUACUGAAGAAGCAAAAACAUUUCUUUAGAGGAGACUGCAACUUGCUAACAGAAAGUCACCGAACAGUCGAAAACUGGAGAAUUUGAGAAGUGGCUGCAGUUUCCAGGAGCACCGAACUGGUUGAGGCACAGGGAAGAUGUGGUUUCUCUCCUGCGGGAGCUUCGACAUCAAGUCUCCCCUGCCUGGCUUCAUCCUGUAUUUCACAGCAUCCCUCGUUCAAAAGCUGGAAGCAGCCCCAUUCACGCUGGUGGGAUCUGCCGGCCCCGUGGCAGCAGUUGCGGGCCAGGGCGUCGUGUUGCCCUGCAGCCUGCACCCCCGGAGGAGCGCUGCCAACAUGACGGUGAAGUGGACCCGAGUCGCCGACGUCGUGCACCACUAUGGCAGCGGGCAGGACUGGCAUGAGGAGCAGGGGCCGAGCUAUCAUGGGAGGACAGGGCUGUCCAAAGAGGAUCUUGCCAGUGGGAACACAGCCCUGAGCAUCACUGUGGUCAGGCCCGCCGAUGAAGGCCAGUACAUCUGUUUUGUUCAGGAUGGUUCUGAUUAUGAACAUGCCACGUUAACACUGGAAGUAGCAGUUCCCUUUUCCCUAGGAGUGUUUCCCUGGAUGGUGGCUCUGAUUGUGACCCUGGUGGCUUGGAUGGGGUCCCUUGGCCUCAUCGCUUACCUGCUUAAAACUAAAGCGAGACAGUCAGCGGAAUGGAGCAGAAAAGCUGCGGAACUUGAGUGGAGAAGACGCGUCAUGCCCAUCCAGAAAGCAGACGUGACGUGGGAUCCCGACACGGCUCACCCUCUCCUCCACCUCUCCACGGACAGGAGACGUGUGGAAAGGAGGGAGGUGCCGCACCUUUUGCCCCAGCGUCCGGGGCGAUUUGACACCGAGCGCUGCGUGCUGGGGUGCAAGGGCUUCACGGGAGGGCGGCACACCUGGGCAGUGGAGGUGGCAGAUGCAGGACACUGGUGGGUGGUGGGGGUGGCGGCCCGGUCCGUGAGGAGGACAGGGAGCUUCACCUUCAGCCCUGAAAGCCGGAUCUGGGCGGUGGGGAAGCUCAUGGCCCAGUUCCGAGUCUUCACAGCUCCUCACCCCACGCCGCUGCUGCUGGAUCACGUUCCCCAGAGGAUCCAGGUUUUUCUGGACUACGCUACAGGGCAGGUGGUGUUUUCUGAUGCAGACAGUUGGGCCACGAUCUUCAUUUUCCUUCUGUCCCCAUGUUCCGGAGAGAGCCUCUACCCUUGGCUCUGGCUGGGGGAGGCUGGAACCCACCUCAGGGUCUGCACCUGAGCCAGGAGAAGAAAUUGCACCCCAGCAUCUGCCCAACAAAAACUGGAGGCUGAUGCGUGCUUUUCUCUGCCCUUUUGGGCAACCUUCCAUCUUCUUGCCGACUUUCUGUGGUGCCACAGCUUGGGUGGAGCCGCCGCUGCUCCGAGCAAGGGGGAGAAGCCAGAAACGGGGAGAAUUAGGGGCUUCUCUGCCUCACCAGGAAGGACGCAUGGAGCAGAAGGAGAUGUUACUGUGCGUGUAUUGCGUGCUCUUCAGCCCAACUUUCAUAUCACGGGGAUUCGAUCCCAAAUAAUGCAAUUGCUGGAAUUGUGACUAAAAACAAACAAAAAAAGAGCACUCACAACUGCAUUGCAGACACGUGUUUUCUUCAACAGCCAGCCAGCAUGCAGACAGUAUUGCAAGGGCAUCUGGGGCUUCUCCAAGAUGCAGAGGGCUGUCACGGGUGGCUUUUACCUUCCGGGAAUUUAUUGUCAGGCCGGUUCAUGUUUUACCAAAACGCUCAUUAUUAGUCUGAUCGCAGUAGAGACAUUUAUAAGCCACAUCACCCCAAGUUUUCAGGCUGGAAGGGAGGCAGCUGCAGGGGAACGCGGAGAAGGUCUAGAAAUAACAUGCAAGAAGGAGAAGGUGAGUUGGGACCUACUCAAUGUCUCUUCAAGCUGGAACCAAGGUCAUCUUCGGACAGAUUUAAUUAAUGAACAGAAGGUGAUGGACACGGCAAGUCAUUCAUUUGGCUGCAGGGAUGAAUGAAA